ACCAAAGUGGCUUGUAGCUUGUUGUUUGAGGCUGUGGUCUUCAGCAUGGCUCAGUUUUUCAUUUUUAUUUUUAUGCUCAUGACACUUGCAGUUUCAGCAAGGCACUUUUUUAGUGGGAGGCCAAGUUGUUACCAGUCAGUGCCCAGGAAACCCAAUUUUGGGGUGAAAACUGCACCUCGUCCACAUGAAAUUCUGAACCUUGCUAAACUACCAAAGUCCUGGGACUGGAGGAACGUAAAUGGCAUAAACUACGCCAGCACGACUCGUAACCAGCACAUCCCUCAGUACUGUGGUUCCUGCUGGGCUCAUGGCAGCACAAGUGCAAUGGCAGAUCGUAUCAACAUCAAGCGGAAAGGAGCGUGGCCAUCUUCUUAUAUUUCUGUCCAACACGUGGUUGACUGCGCUGAGUCUGGCACCUGUCACGGAGGGGACCAUGGAGGGGUGUGGGAGUAUGCCCACAAUCAUGGCAUCCCUGAUGAAACCUGUAAUAACUACCAGGCAAUUGACCAGAAAUGCAAACAAUUCAAUGCAUGUGGGACUUGUUCCACUUUUGGAAAGUGCAACACUGUGCAGAACUACACUUUAUGGAAAGUAGGUGACUUUGGAGCCAUUAGUGGACGGGAAGAUAUGAUGGCAGAAAUCUACACUGGCGGGCCAAUCAGCUGUGGAAUCAUGGCCACAGAGAAACUUGAUGCAUACACCGGGGGUCUGUACUCUGAGUAUGUUGAGACUCCUGACAUCAACCACAUUGUGUCAGUAGCUGGCUGGGGAGUAGAAAAUGGCACUGAAUACUGGAUUGUGCGUAACUCCUGGGGAGAGCCAUGGGGUGCGAGAGGCUGGCUGAGAAUUGUGACAAGUGCCUACAAAGGAGGAAGUGGAAACAAGUACAAUCUUGCUUUGGAGGAAGACUGCAUGUAUGGAGAUAUGAUCGUACCUUCAACCUACCUGUAGACGUCAAGGACCAUGUGUAAUUCUCAACAGACAAGGGAUUGAUCCGGAGUCCACGAUUGUCACAUCUUGUAUUGCUUUAAUUGUAGUCUUGUCCUAAUGAACAGAUGGAAGCACUGACUCAGCUCGAAGUCAUUUCUGACUGGGCCAAAUUAUUUAACUGGAAAUGUCAGUCAGUAAUUCAAGCCAGUGAAAUAAAUUGCUUGUGCAGCAUUUAACUUUAA